AUGGACGGCGAUGGUGCGCCCGAGCGCGAGCCGCUUCUCCGACCCAAUUCGGACGCAGAGAACCAAGCUGAGCGCGGCGUCGCGAGCGUAGAGCCCAAGCGCCCGUUGCCCGCUCAACCGAAACAAGAACCGAAGCGCCGCGCGCUGCUGAUCGGUAUCUGCUACGGUGAAUGCGGGCCACAGGAAGAUCUGGGCGAACUGCAGGGCCCACACAAGGACGUGACGGCGAUGCGUUCGCUUUUGAUCGACCUGUAUGGCUACCGCACGAAGGACAUUGUCGUCAUGAUGGACCGAGCAGACGUCGAGCCUCAUCUUCAGCCAACGAAGGACAACAUCAAGCGCGAGUUGAAGGCCCUGGUGAAGGAUGCGCAGCCUGGAGAUCGCUUUGUCUUUACAUUCUCCGGUCAUUCGGACCAACGGGAACAAAAGUUGGAGGACAACCUGUUCCCCGAGGAGGACGGCAAGGACGAGAUCAUGUUGACAAUUGACGGCAAAGAAAUCCGGGAUAAUAAGCUGUACAAGACACUCGUGCGCCCUUUACCUCCUGGUGCCAACCUAUUUGCUCUAUUCGAUACCUGUCACUCUGGCACAAUGCUCGACCUUCCCCACCAUAACUGCAACGCCAUCUACGUACCAUGGCUUUCGAAGGGGAAGCGAAGAACAGGUACACUCCGCAUGAAGCAGAAUCGAGCUCUUGCAAUUGGGCCGACUUUGUCUGGAGGUCUCAGCAGCAACGCUCAGAUGCAGUCGAUUGCACAAGUCGUGGAACAACAGGACGUUCAUGCCGUAGCGAGCGUAACAGCGACAUCGUCAAGCGACUUGCGCAAGCUCACGCUCAACACUCGCGUACGGCCUGUAUCACUCGCGCCCGCGUCAAGGAUGCGCGGAUCAACCGGGCGUUCGCCGCUCACCAGCAUCCCGCACCCAAACUCCAUCAUCGGUGAUGCCUUCGUCUCCUCGCCCAUGUGCGAGUCUCCGGAUGCGACGCUUCCCUGUUAUGGCUUCUGCCCGUACGACGACAGGUGGAAGCACCAGGUUGCCAAUGUGAAGUCCUUAUCGGCGUGUACGGACAUGCAGCAGGCUUGGGAGGACUGGAAGGGCCGCUCGUUGAUCCCGCUCUUCUGCGAGUACCUCCGACACCGCGCCAGACAUCACAAGGAGGUCACUCACCACGACCUUAUGUCGCAUCUCAGCCACAAGAUCUACAAGAACUCCGUCAAACUUCAUGAAUGGACGCUGGAGCAAAGACGACGAGCACGAAGCGAAGGGAAGGAGCCACCGGACGGCGAGUUCUUGAACUUCCAGACGCCAGAGCUCAGCAGCCUGGCGAAAUUGGACAUGGACGACGUUUUCCUUCUCUAA